CGGGGACCGCCAUCUUGCGCCGGCCCCAGCGGGGGAGGGAUCCCGGCGCGACGCGGCAGACGGCUCGGUGCGGCAGGCCGGAGCCGCGCAGGCCUCCGCCGCCUCUUCCUCCGUCUCCUCCUCCGCCUCCUCUAUCUCCUCUACCUCCUCCACGUCGCCUCCCAGGGCCUGUGUGCCUGUUUGCCCCAGCCUGGCUUUGGCUUUUCUCUCUACUACUCCCUUUGGUCCGCCGUACAUUUUGUGCCGGUGUUUGGCGGGGACCCAUGCUUCCCAAACAACAACGCUCCCCGGAGUCUCUUCAUGGUAGCCCGAGACCGAAGGGGGUUCCGAACUUUCAGGCAUCCGGGGCUCGAGGGUCCCUGUCCCCCCGCCCAGGUGACUAGUCAUCCCAUGCUCACACCCUCAUUCUUGUCAAAGGGACUGCCCAGCUCUGCCCUAGAAGUCCCGUUAUUGUCUACAGAACGGCCCUGAGGAGGAACGUGGAGUUGGAUACACAAUUUACUGACGGCCCUUUCAGGUUUCCCUUAAUGAGACGGGAAGAAUGAGCUCACUCUGAGGUUUUAUCCUGCUCUAGAGAUGGAGGGAGUUCCUCCCAACUUAGCUCAAGUUUGAAGGCUUUUAAGGAGAAAUCUGCUAGAGAGGAGAAAACGACAAAGUGAACCCGCUUCUGCAAGCACGGGAAGACCUUGGUCCAGGGGGUUCUCUUUGUUUGCAGAGAUUUGUUUUUUAAAAAUUCUGUGAACUUAAACGUUAUUGUUUUCAGAUUUGGACUGGGUCUUAAGAAUGUGAGGUCUUUUAGUGCCAUUAGACAUAAAAUUGAAAACUAGGAGAGUUUUAAAGCACAAAAGCCACCUCAGCAUUUGUGAUAAGCCUUGCCUUGGGUGGGGGGGAUUAGUGACAACUCACGCUAAGUGGAAACUUGGCUGUGCCAUUGAAGGCACUGGUUUGCUUAGAGGAUUGUUAGGGAUGUACGCUCUUGACGUUUUUAAAACAGUACAAAUACCGUUAUAAUUGUAUCUUGCAUUUGUAUCUGUUAUUGAUAUGCCUUAUUUGUACCUCAGGACCCCUUUUGCAUAGGUCUGUGUUUAUGGAACUGUUUCGAAGAUGAGGGGAGAGAGCCUCAGGGAGACAUCUUUAAUGAGGUCAUGGCUAGGAAGUGAUAGAACCAUUUCUAGAACCUUAGGUCUUCUGAUUCCUCAUUCAGUGCAAUUCACUGUAUUAGGUUUCAUUUUUUUGUGGGAAUAAGGUGACUGAGGAGAAGCAAGGAGGCCCACCUACAAAACUUAAGAAAUACUAUUCAACUGCUCCUUUUACAUUUUUGUUUUUAAGAGUUUAUUUUUAGCUUUUCAACUUUUUUAUUACUGAAGUUUUCAUUAUAUUUUUUCGCCCAAACAUCGAAAAGUUGAAGAAUAGCCCAUUUGGACAUUCACAUGUACCACCUAGUUUUAAAAGUGUGGCCAUUUUGCCACAUUUCCUUUAUCUGCCUAUCUUACAUUCUUUUGGUGAACAUUUUCAGAGCACAUUGCCGAUAACAUGAUAAUUCACACCGAAGUCCUGUCAAUGUGUCUAUAUGGAUGUCUUCAGAAUAAGACCAAUUUUCUGUAUAAGUACAAUACUGCAAUCAUACUUAAGAAUAAUCUCCACAACCUAAUAUAGGAAGGAAUACUGAGGUUUAAAUUGCUCUCUUGUCUGGAGUCACCUGUACUUAGGUGACAAUUUACAGAAAGUCAACUCUGCAACUUGAUGGGCGACAACCCUUUUCAGCCAAAAAGUAAUUCAAAAAUGGCAGAACUCUUUAUGGAAUGUGAAGAAGAAGAGUUAGAACCAUGGCAGAAGAAAGUAAAAGAGGUUGAGGAUGAUGAUGAUGAUGAGCCAAUCUUUGUUGGAGAGAUAUCAAGUUCAAAACCAGCAAUUUCAAAUAUUUUGAAUAGAGUAAACCCCAGCUCAUAUUCAAGGGGAAUAAAGAAUGGUGCACUCAGUCGAGGUAUUACUGCUGCAUUCAAGCCUACAGGUCAACACUACACGAACCCAACAUCAAAUCCAGUGGCUGCCUCGCCAGUAAAUUUUCAUCCUGAAUCUAGAUCUUCAGAUAGUUCUGUUAUUGUUCAGCCUUUGUCUAAACCUGGUUAUAUAACGAACUCAUCACGAGUUGUGUCUAAUAAUUCUUCAGAGUUACUGUUUGACUUGACCCAGGAUACAGGAUCAUCACAUUACCAAGGGGGACCAACACUUUCUAUACCAGGUAUGAAUGAAAGUUCGUUUUUAUCAAAACGUCCUUCUACUUCUGAAGUAAACAGCGUUAAUCCAAAAAAGCCAAAGCCCAGUGAUGGUAUUUCUGGAUUAAAUUCUUCAGCUGUAUUUCCUUCAGUUAAGUCUCUUUCAGUGACAUCUCCCCAGGCUACAUCAUCAAAAGGUACAAAUACCUCAUCAAAUCAAUCUAAAAAUGGAACACCUUUUCCAAGAGCUUGUCCAAAGUGCAACAUUCAUUUUAAUCUUUUGGAUCCUUUGAAAAAUCACAUGAAGUACUGUUGUCCAGACAUGAUAAAUAACUUUUCAGGACUGGCUAAAACAGAAUUUUCAAGUACAGCAAAUAAAAAUAAGACUGUUGAUUCAGAGAAAGGAAAACUGAUCAUGUUAGUUAAUGACUUUUAUUAUGGAAAACAUGAAGGAGAUGUCCAGGAAGAACAGAAGACUCAUACAACUUUUAAAUGCUUCAGUUGCUUGAAAAUUCUUAAAAAUAAUAUUAGGUUUAUGAACCACAUGAAACACCAUUUGGAACUUGAGAAGCAAAGCAGUGAGAGCUGGGAAAACCACACCACCUGCCAGCACUGCUAUCGUCAGUUUCCCACACCAUUUCAACUGCAGUGUCACAUUGAAAGCACACAUACACCCCAUGAAUUUUCUACCAUUUGCAAAAUCUGUGAAUUAUCAUUUGAAACAGAGCAUAUUCUUUUACAACAUAUGAAGGACAAUCAUAAGCCUGGGGAAAUGCCAUAUAUUUGCCAGGUUUGCAAUUAUAGAUCAUCAUCAUUUUCUGAUGUAGAAACUCAUUUUAGAACAUGCCAUGAAAACACUAAGAACUUGCUAUGUCCAUUUUGCCUCAAAGUUAUCAAAAUUGCAACACCCUACAUGCAUCAUUAUAUGAAGCAUCAGAAAAAAGGAAUACAUCGUUGUACAAAAUGCCGACUGCAAUUUUUGACGUGUAAAGAGAAAAUGGAUCACAAAACUCAACAUCAUAGAACAUUUAUAAAACCUAAACAACUGGAAGGAUUGCCUCCUGGAACAAAAGUUACUAUUCGAGCUUCAGUUGGACCUCUUCAGUCAGGAUCUUCAACUACACCUUCCAUUAGUGCAAGCACUUCUACCCUUCAGCUCUCACCUCCAAGGACUAAAAAUAUAACUGCUAAAAAUCCCACAAAAUCUAACACAAGCAAACCUAAUCCAGCUAAAUCCAAUACAAGUAAACCUAAUGCAAGUAAGCCGAAUGGAAGUAAAUCUAAAUAUAAAUCAAAAAUCUCUAAUAUGCAAAAGAAACAAAGCACAUUGGCUAGUAGCAAUAAAAAAAGUAAAGUCAAUACAGCAUUGAGGAACUUAAGGUAUCGUCGGGGAGUUCACAAGUGCAUUGAGUGUUGUUCCGAAAUAAAAGAUUUUGCAAAUCACUUUCCUACGUAUGUCCAUUGUAGUUUUUGCAGAUACAACACUAGCUGUAGCAAAGCCUAUGUAAAUCAUAUGAUGAGCUUUCAUAGUAACCGUCCAAGUAAAAGGUUUUGUAUUUUUAAGAGGCAUUCAGAAGAUCUCAGGGGCAUUACUCUAGUGUGCCUUAAUUGUGAUUUCAUAGCUGAUGUUUCUGGCUUAGAUAAUAUGGCCACACACUUACGUCAACAUGAAACUCAUACUUGUCAAGUUGUAAUAGAGAAAGUUUCUGUUUGUAUCCCAACUUCUGAACAUCUUUCUGAAUUAAAAAAUGAAGCUCCCACCAAGGAACAAGAACCUGUGUCCGAGGAAAUUGCAAGACCUAAUAUGGAUGAAGGAGAAACAGAAACAUCGAAUUCUGAAAGUAAACAAGAUAAAGCUUCUUCAGAGGAAGAAAAAAAUGGAUGUGAUACAAAUUCAUCUGAAGGCUCAUUAGCAACAAAUAGUGAAGAAAGCAUAACAGUUUCAAAUAAGGAAAAUGAUACCUGUCUCGAAGACCAGAAAACUGGGUUAAAGAAUAUCUUCCGUCAUGAUUCAAAUAUUGAUGCAGAUAAAGUAGAAAAGAAAAAACAAAUAGAGCACAUUUGUCAGAAAACAGAGUUGAAGAUGUGUGCAAGUUCAGGAAACAUAAUUUCAUGUGAUCAGAUUGAAGAUUGCAACUCCAGUGAAACUAGGUUUUCUUCGAAGAAUAUUAAGGAUUUGCGGUUAACAUCUGGUGAUGUUAGCAUUGAUCAGUUUUUGAGAAAAAGAGAUGAAUCUGAAUCUGUUGGUUCUGAUGUUAGUGAGCAGGGCAGUGUUCAUUUAGAACCUUUGACUCCAUCAGAGGUGCUUGAGUAUGAAGCCACAGGGAUCCUUCAGAAAGGUAGUGGUGAUCCUUCAGCCAAGACUGAUGAAGUAGUGUCCGAUCAAACUGACAGUGUUCCUGGAGAAAAUAGCCCUAGCACAACAGAGACAACAGUAGACCUGGCAGAUGAAAAAGAAAGAAGUUGAAAUUUAUUAGUCUAAGUUUAGUGUACCAGCCGUAAGAACAUUUGGAACAGUGCUAUCAGGUGAGCUCAGUGGUGCUGUUAUGUAGAGUUCCGAAAGAGAAAAAUGUGAAGGAAGUCAUUCAUAUACACCUUACCUGUAUGUUCAACCCAGGUUCCUAAAGAAAUCAAUUCACCGGUGAUAGCAUGAUUUCUACGGAUUUCCAAGAAGCCUUUAAAACAUUAACAGGAUUUUAGCGAAAGUUAAGUUUGCAAUGGAAAAGUCUCAUUUAACACUUUGUGAGGAGAACUUGGUGGCCAGUAUGAAUUGAUUAUUAGAAUAUUAAUUAUAAUAAUAAAGCUUUUGAAACUUCCAUCAGUCCUAAGCUAAAAGUUCUUCUUACUUAUGUAUUCUUUUCAGUUAACUUAAAGGAAGAGAUUUGGAAACCACAUACCUUUUGGGAGUAAUUGAUUUAAAAUAAUGACUGAUAGGCAUUGUUAAUGAAGGCUUCAUUUUGAGUAUGAUGCUGGUAAAUGGAGCAUGCUUAGAGUGCUAAAUUAAUUGAUCUAAUGAGAAUUUGGAUGCACAUAAAAUUAAUUUUGGAUUUAAUAUAACAUUCCAGACUGUCAGAAGCAUGUAAACAGAAUAUUUGAAUCUGUGUACCACCAUACAAGUGUUAGCCUGCCAGGCUGUAAGCUUACCUUAAUUAAACUUUCAGUGAAAGUGAAAUUAUUAAGAUAUAAAUUUAUAUUUGUGCUUUUUGUCAGUGUGUAAGCUGUGCAGAAAUCCUUGAUGUGCUAGUUGUAUAAAAUAGAAACCCAUUGUUGAAACUCCUGUAGCUAUUAUGCUUUUAAUAUUGUUUUAAUGACCUUUAGAAAUAGACCCAUAAAAAUGGUCUGGAAGCCAAACCAAAGUGUGGUAUAAUGUAGAUAUUGUAAAGCAGUAAACUGAACACAUGUCCUGGCGCAUCGCCAUGUUUACGUGACUUUUUCUUUAAUUGUAAAAUAGGAACUUCAAAUGGGACCUAAAGCAGUGAUGUAAGAAAUUGGUUUGGGAUACUUAGCCUAAUUUAUCCAUAUCCUAUUUUAUCCAUAAAAUGGCUGCUACAUUGAUUUUUCAGUUGUUUUUUUUAUCAUCUAGAAAAUUAUAGAUAUAGAAAUAAAUAGUACGAAUAACAGUAGUUUGCUUUAAAGUACUAAAAAAUUUAUUUAAAAUGCUACAUUUUUACUUCUUAAAAUGUGCUUCGAAUUCUUAAAUUUUGUUUCACUGAAUGUUAAAUGUUUUAAACGGCUAUUAAAACUCUGCUGUAUAUAGUAGUUUUUGAGUAAAUAUUUGCAAUAAAAAUCUGUCCCUGAAUAAUUUUAUUUUUCAGAAAACUGCUUGAGUUGGAUUACCUUUGGCGCCUUUAGAAAUUGUGUACUUGUUCAAGGAAAUUUCAUGUUAAAGUUAGCGGUAGGAUUUCAUUCUGUAUUCUUUAAUUGAUGCAUGAUUUAUUUUAAACUUAAAGUACAGGGAAAAAUACUGUUAAUGUUUGCAGAGAAUAGAUUUACUUUAAAAAAUUCUUUUACUUCAAGAGAAAUAUAAUUUACUAUUAUAGUCUUCUAUCUGUUCAGCAAAUUAAAGAGGCUAAAUAGGCAAAUUACAUUAUUGACUUGCUUUCUUGAAAAGUUGUUUUUGGAGGGUCAAAUAUUUUCAUCUUUCCUGCCAUCAAGAAAAGAUAGGGUGGGAAGGACGUUAGCUUUUAUACUUCACCUUGUUGAAACAUAAAUCUAUAGCAGACAAGAGUUUUGGAGUAAUUUCAAUCUUAGGAAGAGCAAAGAGUAGAGGAAAGUCUAUGUAAAGACCAUUUUCUAAAUCCUAUUUAAUUAGUUACCAAACCUGCCACCUAAUGCUACAAAACCCCUGUGCCAAGAUAAGUCCCUAAGGGACACUGUUAUCCCUUAGAGCUCUGGGGAGUUCCUUCUGCUGUGGCUAUAUACCUGUAGAGUAGUGGUAUUCAAAGUAGCUAAUUAAUGAGCUGUUGAUACCUAGCCACUAUGAGGAAAGGAACCUGUACCAGACUGUAAGUCCUUUAUUGAGAAAGCCUGGCAAUGAAAACAAAAGUGUAGUUGAAAUAACCAUUGUACUUGGUUAACAUAAUUGGUUUACGUUCUCACACCAUCUCAUGUCAUUUCCGUUCAGGAACAAACAGUUCAGGUGUGCACACCAAACCUUUGAGUAACAGUGCUUUAGGACAGCGGUCAGCAAACUUUUUCUGUGUAGGACCAGAUAGUAAAUAAUUGUGGGCCAUGUGGUCACAAUUAUUCAACUCUUCCUUGUAGUUCGAAAGCAGUUGUAGAUGCAAUGUAAAUGAUAGCCUGUUUGUGUUCCAAUAAAACUUUAUUUACAAAACAAGAAUGUUUGGCCCAUGGAUUGUGGUUUGCCUGUGCCUGCUUUAGAGUGCUUAGACUACCUAAUAUGACAGUGAGAGCCAGUAAUGCACUCUAGUGACUGUUUGCCUAAGAACUACCUACCAAGGUGCCUUAGUGUAUAAUAGUUCC